AUGCUGCUUUCACUACGGGCUGGCCGGACGAGUAGGCCAUGCGCAGGCUUUGUUCGGCUUGCGAGGCACCGGGCGCAUCGCCGUCAGGCUAUUGUACCACAAUUACAAUGGAGACCAUAUGCGACCGAGGCCGUCAAAUCGGACAAAGAAGCUGCUGCAGAAUCGAGAUCUCUUUCGAAACCCUCGAAGGCGCGGUACAAUGAGAUAGGGGUACAGCAAUUGAGUAGCCAUGUCUUCUCACAAAUCUUUCCCGGUAACAUUGCGCCUCCGCCCAGCGAAUUGGUCGAACUCUCCAAGGACCAUCUGCGCCGACAUGAGCUGCUAGGGAAGAAUACCGACAACCCGCCACCCAUAGCUUUUGAUCUCCCCGAGCUCCAAGGCAGGACCCUCGAUGAGCAUUUCUAUAAACUUGGGAUGGAUGCGGCAGAACCAUAUCUGUCGAAAGCCAAGCAAUUCACACGCUCAAAUGCUCCGCCGAAACCGAGGAAAUGGGUAAGGAAAAGCGGUUGGACGAAAUACUACCCAGAUGGAAGGACGGAGGCUGUAGAUGCACCGCAAGAGGACAUGUUGUGCUUCGAUACGGAAGUGAUGUGGAAAGAGAGCUCGUUUGCUGUCGUGGCAUGUGCAGUCAGUCCUACCAACUGGUAUGCCUGGUUAUCACCGUGGCUACUAGGAGAAUCGGAAAAUGAUCGCCACCUCAUUCCUCUAGGAGAUCCGACGAAACCUCGAAUUAUUGUUGGACACAACGUUGGGUAUGAUCGGGCCAGAAUUUCCGAGGAGUACGACAUCAAGCAGUCCAAAAACAACUUCUUGGAUACCAUGUCGUUACAUGUGGCUGUGAACGGCAUGUGUUCUCGUCAGCGGCCGACCUGGAUGAAGCACAGAAAGAAUCGCGAGCUGAGAGACAAGAUUGCAGGAGAGACGGACAAUGCUGAACUGGCAACUCUACUUGGGAGCAAGGGGUUGUCCGAAGAGGAGGAGGAAUUGUGGGUUGGUAGAAGCUCAGUCAACUCAUUGCGCGAUGUGGCGAAAUUUCACCUGGACGUUACCAUCGACAAGGCGCAAAGAGACACUUUUGGACAGCUGGACCGAGAAGGCAUUCGAGCGAAAUUAGAUGAGCUGCUGGACUACUGCGCUGCUGAUGUGGAUGUUACGCAUCGAGUGUAUAGGAUUGUGUUUCCAAACUUCUUGGAAACGUGUCCGCAUCCCGUGAGCUUUGCCGCCCUGCGGCAUCUUUCCUCGGUUAUCCUCCCGGUGGACAAGUCCUGGGAAUCUUACAUAUCGAAUGCAGAAGCAACGUAUCAUAAGCUGUCUGAUGCAGUGCAGGAGAGACUGAUCGGUCUUACUGAAAAAGCGCUCGAAAUCAAAGCUGAUUCCGAAAAGUGGAGCAAUGACCCAUGGCUACGACAGUUGGAUUGGUCGGGCCAGGAAAUCAAAAUGGCCAAGGGCAAAAAGAAGAACGACCCCCCUCGACCAGCAGCUCGGCAGAAGAUGCCGGGUAUGCCAAAAUGGUACAAGGAUCUGUUUUCAAAGACCGAUGGUCCGAUCGGACUCUCGGUACGGAGCCGGAUUGCACCCUUACUGCUACGCCUCGCAUGGGAUGGAAAUCCACUAGUCUGGUCAGACAAGUAUGGAUGGACAUUUAGAGUAGAUAUCACGGACGCCCACAAGUAUACCACGUCCCAAAUGCAAGAGUGUACUGCUUUCGACGAGAAAGACAUGACACUACGGGACGAUAGGGAUGGAGCGUAUUUCAAGUUACCUCACAAGGAUGGUCCUACUGCCCGAUGUGCCAACCCGAUGGCGAAGAGUUACUUGCCAUACUUUGAGAAGGGUGUCCUUUCAUCGGAAUUCACCUACGCGAAGGAGGCAUUGGAGAUGAAUGCCUCAUGUUCAUAUUGGAUCAGUGCAAGAGACAGAAUCAUGUCACAGAUGGUUGUCUACGGGGAAGACGGGGCGAAGGGACCUGAGCAAGCGAAGUUGAUGUCCGAGAAUGGUUAUAUUCUACCCCAAGUCAUUCCGAUGGGAACAGUCACUAGACGAGCGGUUGAAAAUACUUGGCUUACCGCAAGCAAUGCCAAGAAAAACCGAGUCGGGUCAGAGCUGAAGUCCAUGGUCAAGGCGCCUUCUGGCUACUGCUUCGUUGGUGCUGAUGUCGAUUCUGAGGAGCUUUGGAUUGCAAGUUUGAUUGGUGACGCCCAAUUUAAAUUGCACGGCGGAAAUGCCGUCGGAUUCAUGACCCUCGAGGGCACAAAAGCAGCUGGAACGGACUUGCAUUCACGGACGGCCAAAAUUCUGGGCAUCACUAGAAAUGAUGCCAAAGUUUUCAACUACGGGCGAAUCUACGGCGCAGGCCUCAAGUUCGCGUCGACACUCCUGCGCCAAUUCAAUCCCGGACUUUCGGAAGCAGAGACAACAAAGGUGGCUUCCAAUCUAUACAAGGCUACCAAGGGGGCGAAGACCAACAGAAAAGCACUUCACAAAAAGACUUUCUGGCGCGGUGGAACCGAGAGCUUCGUCUUCAACAAGCUUGAGGAAUUCGCCGAGCAAGAGCGACCUCGUACACCCGUCCUCGGCGCAGGCAUCACUGAAGCUUUGAUGAGCCGAUUCGUCAACCAAGGAGGUUUCAUGACUUCGCGGAUCAACUGGGCCAUCCAGUCUUCCGGUGUCGACUACCUUCACCUCGUGAUAAUCUCUAUGGACUACCUUAUCCGACGCUUUAAUAUCGACGCCCGUCUCGCUAUAACCGUCCACGAUGAAAUCCGCUACAUUGUCAGCGAGCAAGACAAGUAUCGAGCCGCCAUGGCCUUGCAAGUCUCUAACGUCUGGACGCGCUCCAUGUUCUCUCAACAAGUCGGCAUCAACGACCUGCCUCAAGCCUGCGCCUACUUCUCCGCCAUCGACAUCGACCACGUGCUUCGGAAAGAAGUAGACAUGGACUGCAUCACCCCGUCACACCAAACCAAGAUCCCCCACGGCGAAUCCAUUGAUGUUACGACCCUCCUUACGAAAGCAAACUCUUUCCUCGACCCUGCCAUCAUCCCUACCAACCCACCUAAUCUCUCCGCAAUCACCUACACGCCACGCACACCGGUUAUGGAAACCCUCGCAUCAAACACAGACAUCUCGUUCCUGAAAGCGCAAAUCACAGCUGACGACAAAGAGCUUCGUGAUAUUCUGAAGGAGCAGCGCAAAGCCGCCGAAAUCGAUGCCCCGUCCAAGCCACCGCGGGUCGUCAAAACGCGAAACGUGCUGCCGUACCAGGCGUACCCGCACCUGAUUGAGGAUACGAAGAGCGUGAGUGAGUUGCUGGGGAAUGAUUUCAGAAAUAGCUUCAAGAGUUGGGGAGGCGAUGGGGGUGGGAGUGGCGGCGUGGGGGAGAAGAAGAACUGGGCGUGGGAGAGAAGUGGUGUCGGGGUCAAAGCACGACCUUCGACGCGGUGGUAA